AUGGCGGUCGUGUAUGCUGGACUGUUAUCAGCCUUCGCAAGCCCACCCAUAUUGAAGUUUGAUAACUACAUCGCCACAAACAUUGCGAGAAAAAGUUUAUCGGAAAAACAUCUUACAAUCCCAUUUGAGGAAGCCGAUUAUCUUCCCUUUGAUACGGCGUCUGGUAAGGGAGAUGUGAGAUGCCGUAACGACCUGAGAAAGCAUUAUCAAGACUUCUUCUACGCACUUGUGGAAAAUAGCGAUUGCAAUAUCCAGAAUGUUGCAGGUGUGCCUCUGGAUGACCUCAACGGUCAUCUGUCCGAGCCGGUUGUGGAUCAUACGGUAGGCACAACCGUUAACAAGACCAAUGCGGGAACACCACCUGGCUGUAUACAUACUAAGAUACAAGCCAAAUGCCCUAUUUAUUUAUUUUAUGCACAGUGUGUGUUUGCGAAAUAUGUGAAAUUUGGGAAGCGUACUGCCAAGCUUACAGUCCCGAAGCAGUCUUCCAUUGAUGCAACCUUCGGGGGACGGUUUAUAGAACACAUUGAAGGUGUAGCAAAAUAUGUUCCCAGAUUAAUAGACGAAACGGUUACUCAUCUAUGUCGAUUUGUGAACACAGCUUGCGGUCUUCUUCAUCCACAGUUUGCGGAUACAUCAAGCUUCCGGUUAAAACAUGUUUGCUCUAUUUUCGACAUAUAUACACCGUUGGCGGAUUACUCCAUCCUGUAUAGCUCAGAGUUGUCGAAGGAAGAACAACUUGAGAUAGAUGACUUGCAUCGUGAAAUGUACGAGGAAAUGUUUUAUGCGCCAGUAGAAAAUGCAAUUUUUUCACCACUAGGGGUGCCUUACGACAUAUCAAUUAACGAGAAACGUAUAAUCGAUGGAUAUUUGAACAAAUUAUGCGAAAAGCGCUGUGACUACAUUUCUGCCAUGUUGAAAAUGACAUCUGAUUGGACUAAGUUGAGCACCUUAGGUCAACAACAGCAGAUACUAAUAUGUGUCAAACUGGUAUUAACAUGUAAUGAAUGCCAGAGUUGUGAGAAAAUGGGCAUAACAGGUAAGAAAUGA